GCCCCGCCCCCAUCUACCGACCGGAUGUUAGCAGAUUUCCCAUAGUGCCUGGUUAGUGGCGGGCAUGAUAACACACGCCGGAGGGUCGCACGCGGGUUCCAGUUGUGAUUGCUGGAGUUGUUGUGUAUUGCCAGGAGGCUCUCCGAGAUUGGGGCCGCGUCACUGCCUCAUCCGCUGGAGCGAUGGCGUUUCUCCGAAGCAUGUGGGGCGUGCUGAGUGCCCUGGGAAGGUCUGGAGCAGAGCUGUGCGCCGGCUGUGGAAGUCGACUGCGCUCCCCCUUCAGUUUUGUGUAUUUACCGAGGUGGUUUUCAUCUGUCUUGGCAAGUUGUCCAAAGAAACCUAUAAGUUCUUACCUUCGAUUUUCUAAAGAACAACUACCCAUAUUUAAAGCUCAGAACCCAGAUACAAAAACUACAGAACUAAUUAGAAGAAUUGCCCAGCGUUGGAGGGAACUUCCUGAUUCAAAGAAAAAAAUAUAUCAAGAUGCUUAUAAGGCGGAGUGGCAGGUAUACAAAGAAGAGAUAAGCAGAUUUAAAGAACAGCUAACUCCAAGUCAGAUUACGUCUUUGGAAAAAGAAAUCAUGGACAAACAUUUAAAAAAGAAAGCUAUGACAAAAAAAAAAGAGUUAACACUGCUUGGAAAACCAAAAAGACCUCGUUCAGCUUAUAACGUUUAUGUAGCUGAAAGAUUCCAAGAAGCUAAGGGUGAUUCACCGCAGGAAAAGCUGAAGACUGUAAAGGAAAACUGGAAAAAUCUGUCUGACUCUGAAAAGGAAUUAUAUAUUCGGCAUGCUAAAGAGGACGAAACUCGUUAUCAUAAUGAAAUGAAGUGUUGGGAAGAACAAAUGAUUGAAGUUGGACGAAAGGAUCUUCUACGUCGCACAAUAAAGCAGCGACGAAAAUAUGGUGCUGAGGAGUGUUAAAAGUAGAAGAUUGAGAUGUGUUCACAAUGGAUAGGCACAGGAAACCAGUUAGGUCUCAAUACCUGAAGCUAUUGUAAAAUUAAGAAAGGAUAAAGUUGGUAAACCUUUUAUAUUCAGUAUCUUUUUAUUCAGCUCAUGGACUUCUGCCAGUGUAAUACUUGCUUUGGAAAACCCAGAUAAAGGUUCAUGCAAAAUUUAUUUUGUGUUUAGGAACUACUGAGGAUCAGAGUAAUCCAUGCAAAUGUGAAUCAUUUUACCUUUGACAAAGGUAAAUCAGACUAUGAAGUUUUUUUUUAUACAGGAUGAUGACUAUGGAAAGAGUAUUCUUGUUUCCUUAUAUUAUGGAGGCAGGAAUUUUGUUUUCAAAAUUGUUACAAAUUGUAGAAGCCACAGUAUUCUGUGAUGUAAAUGUGCAUUUUUCAAAAAGCAGGCAGAACUCAUCUAGGUAAAUUACAGUUACCUAGGUAUAAUUCACAUUAUAUUCAGAGUUGAUGGUUGUACACGUAAGUGAUUGCUGGUUUCAGUUGCAACUUUGUAUAAAAGGGACUGAGAAAUUUAUAAACUUUUUUCUUACUGUCUUUUUUCUAAAGUAAAAACUAAGAAAUUAUGUGCCAGAUUUAUGCAUAUUAUUUUAUGUUGCAUAGAAUAAAAUUUUUAAUCUUUAAUUUUACAUUUCCUAAAUAUAUUUUAAGAUGAAACAUUUGUUUUAUAGCUUUUCCCUUUUAAGUAAGGAAUUUUAUUUUUUUCUGAAUUAUUUUCUCUCAUGUGAGUAUAUUGAUCCAGAAAGAAAACUUCUAUUAUAUAUGUUUUAAAAUGAGAAAUCUAAAAAUCGAGAAGUCUCCAAAGUCUCUGGAAUUUGAAACACUUUGCAUAACGUAUAAAAGCCUGUUUAAGAGACAGCCAACUAUGGCCUGUGGUUCAAAUCCAGCCUGCUGCCUGCUUUUUAUGGCCUGUGAGCUAGGAAUUGUGUUUAUAAUUUUAAAUGUUUUUUUAAAAGACUUGUAUGAUACGUGAAAAUUAACAUGAAUAUUUAGUGUUCAUAAAGUUUGUUGGAACACAA